GGAGGCCAAGCAGGAGACGACUCCACCCUGGCUCUGGACGCUUCAAACGGAUGUAAGGGGUACCGAGGAGAUACCUUUAGGCCUAUUUACUGGGUACCUGGACAACACUGUGCUCACCUCUGAAGAUUCACCAUAGAAUGCGGAUUUACCCUCUUACCUGUCCUUUUUCCCACCAUCUGAAGCACAUCAUUCAACAUGGGAGAAGUUCAAAAGGGGUUUUUCUCAAUCCUACAGAAAUUAAAAGGAACCACAGAGCAGGAACUUCGGAUAGUCCUUCUGGGUCUAGACAACGCUGGCAAAACAACGCUGCUAAAACAGCUUUCAUCCGAGGAUGUCAACACCAUUACUCCCACACAGGGCUUCAACAUUAAGAGUCUCACGUCUCACGGAAUGAAACUGAACGUGUGGGACAUUGGAGGACAGAGGAAGAUUCGACCCUUCUGGAAGAAAUAUUUGGAAAACACAGAUUUGUUGAUAUAUGUCAUAGAUAGUGCAGACAAGAAGCGGUUUGAAGAAACUGGACUGGAGCUGUCAGAACUGAUCGUUGACGAGAACCUGAAGGGGGUUCCAGUGCUUAUCUUUGCCAACAAGCAGGACCUGGCCACGGCCUCGCCUGCCAGCGAAAUUGCAGAGGGCUUGAACCUGCACACGUACCGCGACCGGGCGUGGCAGAUCCAGGCCUGCUCCGCUUUCUCUGGAGAGGGAGUACAGGACGGCAUGAACUGGAUUUCGGACACCAUUGCGAAUAGGAGGAAAGCUGACUAAACCCUGAAUAUCCAACAUGCUGCUUUGUAUACACAUACUUUGUGUGCUUCAUGAAAACUCUGUACAAAUGUUAACACCCAAUGCAAUGGUGACAGGUUUUAUAGAUGAAGCCAUCUGUCUGAGGAUGCCCCAAAACAUUUGAGAUCUUUCUGGCUUCUCAAAUCCAGCCACAGGAAAAUGGACUGGAGGAGAGGGGUCACAAUAGAAACCAUCAACAAGAGAGAAAAAACACAUAUUCUCCCGGUCCCAUGAAGGGUUAAUGCUCUGGAAUGAUACUUUCUUUGAUAUAUAAGUCUAUGGAAGAAAAAACUAUUCUGGAAGAGCACAAGUACUCCAAGGGACAGAGCAUUUCAUGAGCAAAUAGUCCCACAUAAAUUUUUGUAGAACAUCUCUUUACUUUUAAGCACAUUUUAGGAAAAAUUCAUACAUUUUGUAGUUGGUGUGGUUUCAUUGUUUAUACAUUCAUUAUGUUAUCGC